CCUGUUCCGGAAGCGCGUGUCUCACUGGUAACUAAACCCGAAGCUGCUGCCCUAAAGUCAACAGCGCGGGUCCAGCGAGCCAUCUAAAUUCUACAUUUACCCUGUUUCUGAUCAUUUACCCUCCUGUUCUACUGCAUACAUGGAUCCUUCUCAACGGGACUUUACAAUGGAUGGAGCCAGUGGUGGAACUCUGCCACCAGGCCUGAGUGAGGAGGAGGCUCUGGAGAUGCAGAUAGAACUCACAAAGGUGGAAGAUGAAAUUCAGACCUUGAGGCAAGUUCUGACUGCAAAAGAAAGACAUGCUGGGGAACUUAGGAGGCGAUUGGGUAUCAGCCCUCUUGCCGAAUUUAAAAAUAACAUCUCCAAAGGGUGGCAAGAAGUCCAGUCCUCCAAUGCUUAUAUGAAAACCUCACAGACUCUCGGGGACUUGAAUCAUAGAGUAACGUCAUCUAAUCUUUAUCUUACAGCUUCUGCCACUCUGGACGAUAUUUCCCAUUCUGACGCGUAUAAGAAGACUCAGGAGACUCUGUCCCAGGCUGGUCAGAUGACAUCAUCAGCUUUGUCUACAAUGGGCUCAGCUAUCAGAAACAGAUUUGGAGAAAUGAGGGCCUUAACUUACACUAACACACCUGGUAACAACUACUCCAUGCGCCACUCCCUAAGUAUGCCUGCAAUGAGGAACUCAAACACCUUCAAAUCAUUUGAGGACAAAAUGUCUAAGGUAGUCGGAGGUGGAUCCAACGGUGAAGGACCGCAAGGCCCACCUGGCAGCAAUUCAAACUUCUGAGCAGAAAGCACAAACUUCUCACCAGGACGGACCUCUGUGAUCCAUACGACCCCUCAAUGCACUCUGCUGAGAGCCAGGACAUGCCGCGCGGAUUAACCAAUGUGGAAUGUACUAAGAUACCAAAAUGCUGUACUACUGCUACCAGUUUAAAAGACAAAGCCUGUGUGUGAGGGUCUAGCUUGCUGUGUGUAUACACUCCCUUCCCCUGACUUUUCAAACUGCAUAAUGAGGAAUAUUAUAUGCACUAAUUAGUUUUUGAGUGUGCAAAUAGGGUUUUUGGAAUCCGGUCUGCUCUGAUGACUGCAGUGAAUGUACUCAUUUGAUUCAGUUCACUCAUGCCUAGCGGCAGCAUGACAGUUUGGAGCACCAUGAGCACUCCUGGACACACUGUAGAAAACACACAAAGGCUUCCUUGGCAGUGUAAGAUGCUGCUGUCUCAUAUGAUUGUUACGUUCUUAUUAUGCUAUAUAUCAAAUGCUUACUACUCAGGGCAAAAGGUGCUACCACCUUCAGUGUAGUGUGAGUAAUCUAAUACACAUUCGGCACCAUUUUCACUGCUUUGAGCUAUAAAAGGUAACCCUAUUCUGAUUUGAAUUUAAAAAUAUUUUUUGCUUUUGGGUAAAAUGUAUUCUUCCCUUAGCCCUCUUUACAACUUUAUUUUUCUAAACCGUUACUCCUAUAGACAUAAUUGCUAUGUUCAUAAACAAAAUCCUUUUUUAUUUUUUUCCUGGUACAAUGAAGAAUUCUGUUAUUGUGUGUAUGUCUGUAUAUAUGUAUUAUUUUGGUAUUUAGUUGAAUGUGAUGUCUUAUGUCUAUUAUCUUUUUUCUCUUUUUGUUUAUACUGGUGAGACUGGUAAAUAUUUUAAUAAUACUUUUACUUUUACACUUUACUACAAAGAGAUAGUUUACCAAGCUGACAAAGAGUUACGAUCAAAAACAUAAUCAGAGGGCAGGCAGCGAGAGUACCACUCUUGAAGUAAAACAUUUAUUUUUGGUGUGGGAAUGAUAAAUUCUUUGAUUUCUUUUUGAAAUAUUAUCUGCUGUUACACAAAUUACAGACUUUGCAACAACGAUCAGAUAAACCUAAGACUUGUAGCCUUCAUCUGUGAACAUUGAUUAACCUGACCGCCGUAUCUGUGCUUGAGGCUUUAAAGUUGUAACAUAUUAAGGUUUUGGGGUAUUUAAAAUGAAUGUUCUUACAGAAAAAACUUAAAUAAAGGUAGAGGUAGAAAAGA